AUGGAGGGCGUGGAGGAGGGGGGUGCAGGGGGUGGCGGGUGGGAGGCCAUGCUGCAGCAGCUGGAGCGCGACUCGUAUCUCGCCGUGCUCCGCGCGUUCGGCGCGCAGUCCCCUGCGAUCACCUGGGCGAAGGAGGCGCUGAUGUCGGAUCUGCGCAAGGAGCUCAACAUCUCGGACGACGUGCACCGCAUGCUGCUCGCUCGCGUGCACGACGAUAAAAACAUCCGCCUCAUCUGUUCCACACCCAUCACUCCUCCCCCCUUCCCCCCUCUCCUCCCCCCCUCCCAAUCACUCCCCUUUUCCCUUCCGCCCCUUCAGUCCUCGGGUGCACCUGGUGGAGCAGGGCGGGGGGCAGGGGCGGGAGGAGUGGCGGGGGCAGCAGCACCAGGGGCACUGGGGGGGAUAGCCAUAGACCCGCUGAUAGGGCGGCGGGUGAAGACGCGGUGGGUGGAGGAGGGAGGCGGGUCGCGCUUCUAUGAGGCGGUGAUUUACCCUAGGCGGGGCGCGGGAGGAGUGGCGGGGGCAGCAGCACCAGGGGCACUGGGGGGGAUAGCCAUAGACCCGCUUAUAGGGCGGCGGGUGAAGACGCGGUGGGUGGAGGAGGGAGGCGGGUCGCGCUUCUAUGAGGCGGUGAUCACAGACGUGAGGCCGGAGGAUGGCAUGUAUUCGCUGGUCUAUGAACUCAACACACCGAAUGAGAGCUUCGAAUGGGUCGACCUCAAUAUGGUGAGAAGUGCGGGGGUUAUGGGCUGGGCUGGGGUGGGUGAGAACUGCUGUAGUGCUGGCUGUGGGGAGGGGGUUCGCGGUUCUAUCAGGCGGUGA